AUGCGAGAACGCAAGCUGGCGAAAAAAGAGAUUUUAGCGGAGGAACGAAAGGAACGGAUACUAAAAUUUCUUGAAGAAAACCGAGAGUCCCCCCAAUCUGUUGAUGUCCCAAGGGAAAAAGCCCCUGCGAUUCAAAAGAAACCGCCUCCAAAAAAGACAGGAACUGCGAAAAGGAAUCUCAAAUCAUGUUUAAUUGCAACUUCUUUACAGGACCAGCGAUUGGCCGCCGGCGAGAAUAACCCCGUCAUACGAAGAACUGGAAAGCAGCCUCGCGACGACGAGGAAUGCCAAUUUAAUGCACCGGGUGUAUUUUUUCUAAAAGGACAUAAUGCAAACAUCAGCUGCCAGGAAGUUUUCCUAAAGCCCACCAAGCCGAAGCGGCUGGAAUUGAGGAAUAAAUGCGAUUUCUUUCCGAAAUAUGUGGACCCUUCGCCAUUCAAGGAUAAAACCACCCAGACCCUAUAUAGAGAAUCCUCCGCGCAAACCGUGGCCUACUUGCCAGAAAUCUGCAAUAGAGACGAAGCCCGUACCCUAGAGCUGUUUACCCUGCCCUCAGUUCUGCCGGGCAAUAGGCCACCUGGUCUGUACGAGGUGGAAGUGUUCGAGCGAGCUCGUAGGCGUCACAAAUUCCUGGAUGCACUGAAGAUGCACUUAAACCAGCAACGGCUGAAUGGCAGGAAACUUGACAUUAGUCAGUACGCAACCAUGGCGGAGGCCUUCGAGUGGGAGCUCUGGAUGGAGCGGGAGGAACAGAUCCAGGAGUGCCAGAUGGUGCGGCUAGAGAUCGUGAUCAAGAUGUUCGACAAGCGGGAGAGGGAAAUGCAUGCCGCAUCCCAGACGCGUAUGGAGCGUGGAUGCGAACUGAUCGAGAAGCGUCGCCAGGAGGCAUUGCGAAGGAAUGAAGUCGAGUACCAGCGCGGCAUGCGGCGUAUUAGCAAGCAGUUGGCCAAAACCUCGAUUAGGUGGCAGAAGCAGACACCCAUGUACUCGCUGGGAUCGCCUUGCUCCGAUUUCUAUGCUCCACCCAUGAGAUACGGCGUGGAUCCAGGACGUCGAAACUUCGCCUCGACCACUAAAACACGCGCUUUCAACAUGAGAAUCGACGAGCUUGAGAAACAAAUAAAUAUGAAACUAAUUGAGUGUCCAUUCGCCAAAUUGACGCAAUGGUCCCGGCCCAAAAAACGGAUGGCUGAGAUAGAGCAUCGGUUCUGCAAUGAGCAGCAUCUGGAGGCGCUCCACCGUUUGCUGAAAACGCUGCGAGUCACCCAUAUGGAACGUAAGCAGAAGCCCCAUUGCCUUAAGGAACUAUUUACACAUAAAUCAGAAAAACCUGGCAGGAGUACACUGGUGCCAUGCUUCCGUGGCUAUAGUAAUCUCUAUGAGAGGCAUUUCUACAACGCACGGGUAUCGGAAAAUGCCGCGCAAGAGGAAGCUAUUAGGCAACAUCUCAAGAGGAAGAAAGAUCAGCUAAGUGCCGAGCCCUACCAAAAAAUUGCCAGGGACAUACAGAAAAACGAUCUGAAGAACAUGCUUUUGGCCUACGAAGGCAGUUUGAUUGGCUACAUGCUGCAGUUCCUCAACGAUGAAAUGAAUCGCUUAAAGGAGCAGCGCCGGCUGCACUUCUUCUCACUAUUGGCCGAUAAGCAACGCUGGCAACGUGAAGCCGCCGAGGCGGGUUUGAGGCAGAAGGAGAACAGCAUUAGGAUGCUCUACGAGGAGAUGUUCCAGUAUACGAAUGCGGCCAGCACCGAUAUCAGUGAUCACUAUGUGCACAGUAUUCUGAGCACCGAUCUGGGCUACAUGGCUGCCAACGAGGCAGCGGAGGCAGUCACGGAAAUGGCCAAACAAAUUGAUAUGGACAUAGAACGAUGGCUGGAGAGCUUCAGGCUCAUACAAAAUCCGCUCAACUACAUUCCACUCCGACUGAUGCUGCACGAUAUGGUCUGUCCGGACCUAAAUGCUGCGCUGCAGCGGUACGAGAUCACCAUGAUUGUGCAGUACAUAGUGGAGGAUGUGGUCUUUGGCCGAAUUUGGAGGGCACUAGAACCCUAUGACGUAUCCAGCACGCUGACCAGCGAUCUCAUCGAUCGCCUCAUCGACAACGAUCUGUAUCUGUUCUCCUCUGACAGUGAAAGCGAAACAAACCAGAACACUUCCUGGUACGAAGCGCACGCCAUAAUUCGCAAACUUAUUCGACAAUCUGUUCCCGGCAGACGUUGGAAGGAGGAAGCCGAACGCAUCGUUUAUGAAAACUAUAACGACCUGCUGGAUAUUGUUUUUGAUGAAAUUUUGCGCACAUUUGCAGCUUCAUCGAGAAUCGAGCCAGCCAUGGUUAGCCGAGCACAUUCGGAUGAAAGCCUGGUCAGCGAUGAAAGCAGUACACUUAAGGGUCCAGAUAAAACCUACAAGGGAUCUCCACCGAAUUCUGUUGAAUCAAAGUUCUUCGGCAUGGAAUACGACGCCGAAGACGAUCCUUGGCCAUGGCUUCCAGAUUGUAGGAGUCGAACUUCAUCCCAGGAAGUCUUAGAAGACAUUGUGAUCCUAUAG